GUGGAAAGUUGGUGUCUCCUAAAUGGAAGAACUUUAAAGGUCUAAAGCUGCUCUGGAGAGACAAGAUCCGGUUGAACAACGCCAUAUGGAGAGCCUGGUAUAUGCAGUAUGUGGAGAAAAGGGGAAAUCCUGUGUGUCACUUUGUUACCCCCCUGGAUGGAAACAUGGAUUUAGACGUCCAUCGUCCUGCGGAGGCUGUUGCUUCAGAUGGAAAAAACUGGAAAAGAAGAAUUGAAAUUGUUAUCAGAGAAUAUCACAAGUGGAGAACGUACUUUAAAAAAAGGCUACAGAAACAUAAAGAUGAUGACCUUUCCAGCUUACUUAAGGUAUGGAGAUGAUCGUAGUUUUUUAUAC